CUUAAGUGGACGCUUAGAAACUUGGAACCGCCAAUAACUAAACUUAUUUAAACUUACCAACCCUGAAAACCUGAAACAAUCAACAUAACGAGAUUUCAAUCACUAUGCCUCCAUGGGGGAAUAAAUCAUGAGCCUCCCAGUCCUUGAAAGGGUUCGAAGUAUCAUACAUAGAGCCAAAAACUCCGCAAAGCUACGAAGACGGUCGACUAUUAGUGCCAGCACCCAGAAGCCAUCAAUCUGGAGAAGACUCCCAGACAACAUUCUGGUGGAGGUCCUCGCACAAUGCGAGCUACAAGAUAUCUAUUCCCUCCUGCUCUCUUGUCGCAUACUGCGCGGCAGAGUCUCUCGUCUUGAAUAUGCAAUCUCCCAGGCCUACCUCCAUCACCGGACCCAGCCAUAUCAGUAUAUCACAGAGACGGGCCAUGAGCUCGUCCCCUCAGUCGGAGAUGACCUAACCUUCAUCUCCAGUCUAUUCCCCCCGCCACCACCCCAGUACACCUCGACUGGGGUCGGGGAUGACCUCCCCGAAUACUCAUUCGGCUAUCUAGCCGACCUAACGCGCUGCUGGAAGACAUGCAUCAAGCUAUCGUACUACCUAGCCGAGAACGUAAUCCAUCAGCACCUCCAGAAAGACUCCUCGUGGUGGUCCUCGAAGACCGAAAAAGAGGUCGUCUAUAGUAAAGGCGUCGGACUCCUCCAAUCCCGUCUCUUAUCUCCUGUAGCAUACAUCAUUUUCUUCCUCGAAACGCACGCCUCGGAACCGCAAUCCUCAACUAGAUCUACUAACCCACAGCAUCAAUCCCUCAAAUCUCAGCAAUCCAUCCUCCAACAACCUCCCUUCAACAACACCCAAACCCUCCUCUCAACCCACCACGCAAUGCACCUCCUCUGCUCUUCCGUCCGCCGCCUCAUGGCCCCUGACAUCACUUCCGCUUCUACCGAGGCCUGGCUCGGUCUUCUCCUGACCACCUCCACCCUGGAGCGGAUCAUGGAGUUCUUCGUCGCGGCUGCGACGGAUGAGUCUGUCAAGGUGGCUGCUGCUGGUACGAGCGGCCACUCGCCGACGUGGACGAACCGGAUGGAGUUCAUGUGGCAGAUGCGUCGGGAUUGGGAGGAGUUCGUUGCCUCGGGGGUGCUCACGCCGCCGAAGUUAAGCGAGGUGUGGUUUGAGGCGGCGCAGAGGGAGAUUUGUCGGCGGGGGGCUAUUCCUCAUGAGUGUGAGGAGGUGGUGCCUGUUUUGCAUGGGUCCGGGGUUGCUUUGAGGUGUGAGUUUUGUGAGGAGUGAUCUUUUCCUUUUUCUUUUUGGUCUACAAUAUAUACCAUUGUGUGUGUGUGUGUGUGUGUGUGUGUGUGUGUGUGU